AGUUUACGCGCUACUUGGCGCUACUGGCAUUGGCAACGGUGGGCACCGGCCACCGGCAGUGGCAAUGGUGGGACGAAAAGUGGUUCUGUUGCGACGCCACUUUCUUUUAAAUAUCGGAUUAUCCUACGAUUCGGUUCGUUUAUCAGGCAUUCAUGGAUUUCUUUCCAGGAGUAGACUCUACAUUUUGGAAGGUUGGUCGAUUAAAGACUUUCAACCAUUGGCCUUAUCAGUCUAUCCAACAUUCGUGUAACCCUGCAAAGAUGGCAGCUGCCGGAUUUUACGCUAUCGGGGGUGAAGGGGAACCUGAUUUGGUCGAGUGUUUCGUCUGUUCCAAACAACUCGACGGUUGGGAUCCCGACGACGAUCCCUGGCAAGAACAUCUGAAACAUCAGCCUGAAUGUCCAUUUAUAAAAUUACAAAAAUUUGACGAAGCUUCAUGGACCGUACGGGAAUUGUUCGAUCUGUUUAAAAUUUACACGGUAAAGGAAUGCACGCGUGAAUUGGAAUGCGCUCUGGAUAAAGCGAAGGAAGAAAGCGCGAGAUUGAUGCAUGACAUACCUCGUAUUUAUAAAGAACUGAAGAAGAAUUCUGAAGCUUUCGAUUAAAUAAAUAUGCUUUUCUACUUUUUAUAUUAUACUAUAAGUUUAUUUUUCUAUUUUUUUCCCAAAUAAAUGUUGCAGUUAUUGAUAAA